AUGCCUAACGAAUCGGUGACGCUCGAUCCCGCCGCCGUUACCUAUUCGGCUGGUCUUUUCGAGUUUGUCCCCGUGAUUCGAGACAUUCUUCGCACGCGCUAUUGUGUCCCUGGGUCCGUUUUCCUCGUUGAAGGUCUUGAACGGGUCUCGGUGUCCCGUUCUGGACGAUGGCAGGCUGUACGACUGCUCCUUGGUGAUGGAGCUAUCUGCAUUCAGGCCCUUUUAGGGGCAAAUAUGCAUCGGUUUGUUCAGACGGGGGAGGUUGCUUUGGGAGCGUAUAUUCGAUGCGAGGCUUUCCAUGCCAAGUGGCAGAAUAUCGAAGAUCGCACUAUGGUGACGCUCGUUGUCGAGGAUAUUGUCACGGUCGGAUGGAAUGAAUCGUAUAGAGUUCUUGGACAGGAUCAAGAGCCCGUAACACAGCCAUACCCAGCGACAUCCGAACAGCCUCAAGAGUCGAAGGACGUACAACCAGAGGAGUCAAAAGCUACGGCGAAGCCCAGUUCGCUACGCGCCGAGGACUCUGUAUUUCACGACGACGAUGAAGAAGCCACCGAGGAAGCCUUCGAGGCCUUUGAGACUCUUGCGUACCCGACCAAGCCAAAACCUCAGCAGAAGCCACAGCAGCCCAUUGCUCUGCCCCGCGACUGGCAUGACCCCCAGACACCGCUGAAGCUCACGACGCUACGAUCCAUCCCGCAUCUCCCAUACAAGCAGAAUUGGUCUUGCAACGUGCUUGCCAUAGUAGCCUCGCUGUCGGAGGUGGAGCCAUCCAACCUGCCUCCACACAGGCAGAGGACUGCGCGACUCGUCGACCCCUCCACGUCUAAACAAGUACAUCUAACGAUAUUCCUCGACCCGGAAGAGUUUAACCCUCGCGUCGGAAGUGCUGUUCUACUUGUUGGAGUUAAGAAUCACCGGUUUGACGGGGGAAGUCUGAAGAAGUACGAGAGCGAUCGCAAGAAUGGGCGGUGGUGGUUUGAGGACCCGUCGGAGCUGGGAUGGUGCGAUAUGAAGGAUGCAAUAAAUAAUAAUCAAUUCUCUCAUGAUUUCUGCCACGCCAUCAGUACGAUGCAGAUCACUACCGACCAACCUGACCAAAGGCCGCCAACUUCGCCAACUCAUGAUCGCACGAAGAAGCAGGCCAUCGACGACUUCCUAGCGGAUCUGUCGCCUUGGGAUAUCCUGUACCUGCGGGGCCGAAUCCGUGACGCAACCAUUGUGCUCUCAGGUCUUCAAGAUCUACCCCCGGAGCUCAUAUGUCUGAUUCUUUCGUAUCUAAGUGUUCAAGACUUUUGGGCGUGCAGAUUAGUCUGUAAAGCAUGGGCGAUGGCGUGGGCGCAGGAUUCGGUCUUGGCGCGAGCAUGCCGCAACUUCUUCCCCGGUCUCUUAGAGACGUACCCGACAACGCCUGGCAGGCAGCUCUUUUCUAUGGCAGUUAAGAAGCGCAAGAAGUGGCAGCGGCCCUUUUCCAAGUAUACUUGGAUGCGGUGGAACCAAGGAGUCAGCGGCAUCUUUCGCGAGUCGACUCCGCCGCCACAGCUUGGCCCGGUACCUGUCGACUCGUGGUACCCUUCCCUUUACGCGAAAGAGAAGCUGGCAUGGCAGCCUAGGCUGGAUAGAGUUAUUGUCGAUGAUCUGCGGACGAGAGAAAGGCAUAGGUUUCUUCCUCCUGGGGGUGCCCUGGCGGGCAUUCAAUUCCGACUUGUGUGCAUCAGUGAUCAACUUCUUGUGAUGAGAGAAGCCAACCAGCCCAACCGAAAGAUUUUUAUCGCCAACCUAGCUACGAAAGAGUGGAAGACCAUCUCACUGCCAGGUCCAUUUGCUACAGCGCAUACAGAAGGGAAGACUGUCGGCUUUGGGACAUCAACUGGACAGAUCGUGGCCUUUACUUGGGGCGAAAAGACAACACAGCUCGAUCUCACAAAGGUUCAGACUUGCCCGCCAGGGUCGGAGCGCUUAUUUGGAGGCGUAGCCAAUGUCUUGCCGCAUCCAACACAAGACAAUGUGGUGUUUGGGGUUUGGGCAUGCUCCCGCAAGAUCGCAAGCUUCAAACAGAUUAGCUUUGUUGUGGUCAAAUUCGAGGACGGGCAGCCUGUAUGGUGGGCGACAGAAGACAUUCCAAACCCCAGACGACACGCCAACAAAGACUGCAACCAAGAGAGCUAUCUCGGACUUUCGUUUGCGUGCAGAAAGUCGGACAACUGCGGAUCUUUUGCUUUGGGCAUCUAUAGAAGCCAGAACCAGGUUCAAACCUUGCCUAGCAUCUGCUAUAGAUGCUUGCCGGCGACAAGAGUUGGUGACUGGGGAGCCGUCUGUUUCAACGUCUUGACGCAGACGUUUAAACACUACGAAUACAGGUCCUCACGGCCGGACCUUCUCUGGAUUGGAAGCCCUCAGCCUCAUUUAACUACAGGCAGAGAAUUGUUAUUUGUGGAUGCACACCUCUGGAAUGAAGAUUUGUUGCUGGCAGCAUCCACCGCCGACGGAAACAUGCGCAUCGACCUCCACCUACAAACGAUACAUGCUGUCGGAAGCGGCUUUUCGGGUGAACCACGCUGGGCGCCGAUUCGACUUCGAGACUCGGUGCAUGCCGCGAGGACGAGGAUAUUUCAGGAUGAUGACUUUGUGGUUGUACCCACCAUCGGAGGCGUUGUCAUGUUUGAACCGUCUGACUCGCCGUCGGAGGGGAGGCCACCGCUGGACCGUUGGAAGUCGGAAAUAUUGAUCUUGAUAAAGGAUGAUCCUGCGCCUGAGAGUCCAUCCGCGAGGGCUUCUUUGUUGCGACUUGCCAACAAUCAAUAG